UGCGACGCCAUCAAGAGGCGGCCCCUGCUCCAUCGUGCGAGGCAGCCAGAGCACAGCUUCUCUCGGCCCGGGCUCGGUGACGACAUCAUGGUGAACUGGUUCCAACCGCCGCUCCAGACGAAGGUCGAGUACAGACAGGGCGACACGAUCAUCGCCGUGCCUGCCAAGAGCGGCACGACUUGGACCAUGAACAUUUUUCACCAGCUGAAGACGGGCGGCGAUCCGGACUUUAAGGACAUCUACGCCGAGGUGCCGUGGUCCGAGUUUAAGGAGGGUCCGGACCAGCCCGACGAGGAGCUCCUCGAGCGCUGGAAGAAGAUGCCCGCCGACGUGCCACGCGCCUUCAAGACGCACUCAUCGCCCGGACCUGAGGGCACGCCGGUGCCCGAGAUGGGGUGCUUCGCCACCUACCGUGAGGACCUGAAGUACAUCGUGGUGAUGCGCAACCCGGAGGAGGCGAUCGUCUCCUUCAAGCCGUUCAUCGAGUCGCACAACCCAAAGGCGUUCGAGUACUGGGGCGAGCCGGAGAUGCGCGAGAAGUUCCUGAAGCCGACGUUCCAGGCCUUCUUCGACGAGUGCGUGCUGCCCGGCUUCCCAAACAUGCCGCCGGAGAUCGUGCCGCCGGGUGGGCUGCUGACGAUGCUCUUCUUCGGCUUCGUCAACGGCUGGUGGCCGCUCCGCAACAAGCCCAACGUGCUCUUCCUGCACUUCUCCGAGAUGAAGGCGGACCACGAGGGGAGCGUGCGCAAGAUCGCGAAGCACCUGGGCUUCGAGCCCACGGAGGAGCAGUGGCCGAAGAUCCUCGAGUACACGAGCUUCGCGUGGAUGAAGGAGAACGAGGCCAAGUUCGAGGUUGGCACGCUGAUGCCCUUCCCAUUCAUCCUCCCGGGCGGGAUGGUGCGCAAGGGCGCGCAGGGCAAGGCGGCCGAGGACGGCAUGUCGCCCGAGAUCCAGGCGGUCAUCAAGGACUGGGCCGAGAAGAUGGUGCCGGACGAGGCGGCGCGCAAGUGGCUCUUUGAGGGUGGCGCGCUGCCCCCCUAGGGCUAUGGUCCCUCGAGUGGUCUCAGGGGCGUCUCGUGUUGGACCCUUCUUCCUCUUCCUGCUGCAACAACAUGAGGCCAACUGCGUUGGCAUCGACCUCGGCUGGAUGUCUGAGAAGCGGCCCUGCGUCAUCGCGCACUGGGAGGCCACAAGCGACAAGCCACUCGAGACCAGCCUACCUCGCGGCACGGGGUUUCGCCCUGGCGGCGAAGUCUCGGCCUUGGAUAGAUAGAUAGUAGCGGCCCAUUCGCGGCUGUAUGCUGAGGCCCUUCACACUGUAACGUUCGGCCUGAUGUUUGUGUCACUCGCUUGUUUACGGUGUGUUGUGUGGGCUGCGCCCAGGACGCAUGUGGCAUGACGGGCGGCGCAGGCUGUCCCUGCUCCCUCACAGGCGCAGGGCGGCUUAAUCGGUUAAUCGUCCUUAAACACCUCAGCUGACAGCU